UGAGGGGCGCGCGCCCGUGGGCGGCUGCGUCACGUGAUCCAGGUAAUUGGCACGGUGCGCGCGCACCCCUUCCGCGCAGCCCCCUGACCUGCAGCCUCCGGACCUUGCUGCAGCGUGGACCCCGCCCGCCCGCCCGAAUGAAUCAGCUGAGGCUGUUGCCGUCCCGUCUUGGGGCACAGGCUGUGAGGCUUCUGGCCGCACAUGAAGUCCCAGUGUUUGGCUGGCGCAGCAGGUCCUCCGGGCCACCGGCCACCCUCCCAAGCAGCAAAGGUGGAGGCAGCUCCAGUUACAUGGAGGAGAUGUACUUCGCCUGGUUGGAAAACCCCCGGAGUGUCCACAAGUCCUGGGACAACUUCUUCCGGAAAGCCAGUGAGGAAGCCUCUUCUGGCUCUGCUCAGCCACGGCCCCCUUCUGUUGUCCGUGACAGCAGGUCUGCAGUCUCAAGCCGGACCAAGACCAGCAAGUUAGUGGAGGACCACCUGGCCGUGCAGUCCCUGAUCCGGGCCUACCAGAUCCGUGGUCACCAUGUGGCCCAGCUGGACCCCCUGGGCAUUCUGGAUGCAGACCUGGACUCCUUUGUGCCCUCAGACUUGAUCACAACCAUUGAUAAACUGGCCUUCUAUGACCUGCAGGAGGCUGACCUUGAUAAGGAGUUCCAGCUGCCAACGACCACCUUCAUCGGGGGCUCUGAAAACACCCUCUCUCUGCGGGAGAUCAUUCGACGCCUGGAGAACACUUACUGCCAGCACAUUGGCCUGGAGUUCAUGUUCAUCAACGAUGUGGAGCAGUGCCAGUGGAUCCGGCAGAAGUUUGAGACCCCUGGUGUGAUGCAGUUCUCCAGCGAGGAGAAGCGGACACUGCUGGCCCGGCUGGUGCGCUCCAUGAGGUUUGAAGACUUCCUGGCCCGGAAGUGGUCCUCAGAGAAGCGGUUUGGCCUGGAGGGCUGUGAAGUGAUGAUUCCUGCCCUCAAGACCAUCAUCGACAAAUCCAGCGAGAUGGGGAUUGAGAAUGUCAUCUUGGGGAUGCCACACAGGGGCAGGCUGAACGUGCUGGCCAACGUGAUCCGCAAGGACCUGGAGCAGAUCUUCUGCCAGUUUGACCCCAAGCUGGAGGCGGCAGACGAGGGCUCCGGGGACGUCAAGUACCACCUGGGCAUGUACCACGAGAGGAUCAACCGUGUCACCAACCGAAACAUCACUCUGUCACUGGUCGCCAACCCCUCCCACCUGGAGGCAGUGGACCCUGUGGUGCAGGGGAAGACAAAGGCAGAGCAGUUCUACCGUGGAGACGCCCAGGGCAAGAAGGUCAUGUCCAUCCUGGUUCAUGGGGACGCCGCCUUUGCCGGCCAGGGCGUCGUAUAUGAGACCUUCCACCUGAGCGACCUGCCCUCCUACACAACCAACGGUACCGUGCACGUCGUCGUCAACAACCAGAUUGGAUUCACCACAGACCCCCGAAUGGCCCGUUCCUCACCAUACCCCACCGACGUGGCCCGGGUGGUCAAUGCGCCCAUCUUCCACGUGAACGCCGAUGACCCAGAGGCUGUGAUAUAUGUGUGCAGUGUGGCAGCCGAAUGGAGAAACACUUUCAACAAAGAUGUUGUCGUGGACCUGGUCUGUUACCGCCGGCGCGGCCACAAUGAGAUGGACGAGCCCAUGUUCACCCAGCCACUCAUGUACAAGCAGAUCCACAGACAGGUGCCUGUGCUGAAGAAGUACGCAGACAAGCUGAUUGCCGAGGGCACGGUCACCCUGCAGGAGUUUGAGGAAGAAAUUGCGAAAUACGACCGGAUCUGUGAGGAGGCUUAUGGCAGGUCCAAGGAUAAAAAGAUCCUGCAUAUAAAGCACUGGUUGGACUCCCCCUGGCCCGGCUUCUUCAACGUAGAUGGGGAGCCCAAGAGCAUGACAUGCCCAGCCACGGGGAUCCCUGAGGAUGUGCUCACCCACAUCGGCAGCGUGGCCAGCUCUGUGCCCCUGGAGGACUUUAAGAUCCACACCGGCCUCUCUCGCAUUCUGCGGGGCCGGGCGGACAUGACCAAGAACCGGACGGUGGACUGGGCGUUGGCAGAGUACAUGGCCUUUGGCUCCCUGCUGAAGGAGGGCAUCCACGUGCGGCUCAGCGGGCAGGAUGUAGAGAGGGGCACGUUCAGUCACCGGCACCACGUUCUCCAUGACCAGGAGGUUGACCGCAGGACGUGUGUGCCUAUGAAUCAUCUCUGGCCUGACCAGGCCCCAUACACCGUGUGCAACAGCUCCCUCUCGGAGUACGGAGUCCUGGGCUUUGAGCUGGGCUAUGCCAUGGCCAGCCCCAAUGCCCUGGUCCUCUGGGAGGCCCAGUUUGGGGACUUCCACAACACGGCCCAGUGCAUCAUCGACCAGUUCAUCAGCACCGGCCAGGCCAAGUGGGUGCGGCAUAACGGCAUUGUGCUGCUGCUGCCCCAUGGCAUGGAAGGCAUGGGCCCAGAGCACUCGUCUGCGAGGCCCGAGAGGUUCCUGCAGAUGAGCAAUGAUGACUCGGAUGCCUACCCCGCAUUCACCAAGGACUUCGAGGUGAGUCAGCUCUAUGACUGCAACUGGAUCGUGGUCAACUGCUCCACACCGGCCAACUACUUCCACGUGCUGCGCCGGCAGAUCCUGCUGCCUUUCCGCAAGCCGCUGAUUAUCUUCACACCUAAAUCUCUGCUGAGGCACCCAGAGGCCAAGUCCAGCUUUGACCAAAUGGUAUCCGGGACCAGCUUCCAGCGGGUGAUUCCUGAAGAUGGGGCUGCAGCACAGGCCCCUGAGCAGGUGCAGCGGCUCAUCUUCUGCACGGGAAAGGUGUACUAUGACCUGGUGAAGGAGCGGAGCAGCCAGGGCCUGGAGGAGAAGGUGGCCAUCACGCGCCUGGAGCAGAUCUCUCCAUUCCCCUUUGACCUGAUCAAGCAGGAGGCAGAGAAGUACCCAGGUGCGGAGCUGGCCUGGUGUCAGGAAGAGCACAAGAACAUGGGCUACUAUGACUACAUCAGCCCACGCUUCAUGACCAUCCUGAGGCGCACGCGGCCCAUAUGGUAUGUCGGCCGGGACCCAGCGGCUGCACCAGCCACAGGAAACAGGAACACUCACCUGGUGUCACUGAAGAAGUUUCUGGAUACUGCCUUCAAUCUCCAGGCCUUUGAGGGCAAGACAUUUUAGAGCUGGGCAAGACCUGUAGCACUUCCUCUGUGCUGGACACUGGGUUCCGGGUGGAAGGCAUCCGUCUGCGUGCUGGCUCUUCACAUCGGGAGUCCACUGGAGAGACAUGUCAGCUGUUUAAUUCAUUGAGUUACGAGUUACGUUGGAGGUCAAUGCAGACGGCUGUGGGUGUCAGGGAAGGAUCCCUGGAAGAGCUGGUGUUUGAAGGAAGAGGAAAAGAGAUGAACCUCUCUGGAACAGACACAGAAAUACCAUAGGGCUGGCACAAGCAACCUAAAACAAUCAGCGUGAGGUUGGGCGGUGGAGUGUUAAGUUUCAUCAGCCUCAAAAAUAGCUUGUUGAAAAAUUAGCCGGGCAUGGUGACGCGUGCCUGUAGUCCCAGCUCCUCAGGAGGCUGAGGCAGGAGAAUCGCUUGAACCUGGGAGGCGGAGGUUGCUGUAAGCCAAGAUCGUGCCACUGCACUCCAGCCUGGGUGACAGAGAGAUUCCCGUUUCAAAAAACAAAAAAGUAUAUCUUGUUGAGAUACACUUUGAUUCCUACCACAGGGGCUUUCAAAGUGACAUAAAGUGAAAAGGAUUGUAGCCCCCAUUUAUGGUGUCUGCCGUGUCUUGGGCCUUCUGCUGGAUGUUUUGCGUGUAUAAUUAAAUGCUGUCUAAUCUUCACCAU